GAGCCGCCACGCCGGCAACAUCGCAACACGCAUAUAUUGACCAUGCCUCCUGCCACCGACCACUCCGCACUGCUAGAUCAGCUGCAAGCACAAGUAAAUCUCGUGCUCGAACAAACCGGACGAGUUUUCGCGGCCAUCAGCUCGAACCCCAAGGCGAAGCCCUCGUCUCAACUCACCAAGCUCAAGCACGUGGUCCCUGUCGCCUCGAGCCGAUUUCACGAGACUCUCGAUCAGCUAGAGAGCGAAUUGCAAUUAGCGGCUCUCGUGAUGCGUCGGGACCUCGCUGUAUGCAGAGAGCAGUCCGGCGUUAUCGCUCCUGAACCGACUGCUGCUGUGACUGCAGCUGCACCUGAGACGGUCUCAGAACAGCAGUCCAGCCCAGAUGCGAAGCAAACCGUGCAGUCGAUGAGUUCUUCAAUACCACCACCAACACGGGCGAUGGAAGUGGUGGUGGAAAUGGCGGUAUGGAUCAGCAGGGUGCGGCGGGCGAGCAGAGAGAUUCCACCUUUGAUGAUUUGA